GGGCCCAAUUUGUAGUAGUACAGUAGUCAUCCAUCUGCCAGCAGCCAGCCCAGGUUCGAAGGAAGAAAAUAACAGAACGAAGGGAACUUACGGAAGAGUAGCAGACUGAAGACGGGAAGAGAAAGCUCAAAAGCGAAACUGCGAAAGCGACCAAGCCGACCACCGCCGCCAGCCAGCGCCAGGCUCCAGCCUGCCACCACGCAGCCACACCGCACCACCCGCCUCCAAGACCACGACCGCACCGACGCCCUACCAGCCCACUGUCCAGGCUGCUACCACAGUAACCGACCUGUGCUGUCUUUGAGCUUUGCAAUAAAGUCUCAUUCUUCAGCUCUCCACAGCCUGAAAUCUUCGUCCCCAAUCAAAUGGCCUCCUCUGCCACUGUCUCAAUCUCCUCCAUCCUCACUAGCAAGAAAAUUUUGGGACUCUCUGCUUUCUCUGCUCAGAAUCCUAUAUCUAUUCAAACUUCCAAGAGAAAUGCUUGCAAGAAAGUUUUGUCUGUUAUGGCACCGCAGCAAACUGAACGCUCCCCUGCCGCCACCGGCUCAGUAAAGACCGAUAUGACCAUGACAGAGAAGAUAUUGGCAAAGGCAUCAGAGAAAUCUCAGUUGGUUCCUGGUGAGAAUGUCUGGGUAAAUGUUGAUGUUUUGAUGACCCAUGACGUGUGUGGACCGGGUUCUAUUGGCAUAUUCAAGAAAGAGUUCGGGCAAGAUGCUAAGGUGUGGGAUCGUGAAAAGGUUGUUAUUAUUCCUGAUCACUACAUAUUUACAGCUGAUGAAAGAGCUAACCGUAAUGUGGAUAUCUUGAGGGACUUCUGCACUGAGCAAGAUAUUAAGUAUUUCUAUGACAUUAAGGAUCUUGGGAAUUUCAAGGCCAACCCAGAUUACAAAGGUGUUUGCCAUGUUGCUCUUGCCCAAGAGGGUCAUACCAGACCCGGAGAGGUAUUGGUGGGGACAGACUCUCACACAUGUACUGCAGGAGCAUUUGGCCAAUUCGCUACUGGAAUUGGGAAUACAGAUGCGGGCUUUGUAUUGGGUACCGGGAAAAUUUUACUCAAGGUUCCUCCGACUUUGAGAUUUGUGAUGGAUGGUGAAAUGCCUGAUUACUUGCUAGCUAAGGAUUUGAUUUUGCAAAUUAUUGGUGAGAUCUCUGUAGCGGGUGCGACUUAUAAAGCAAUGGAGUUUGUUGGUACAACAGUUGAAAGCUUGACAAUGGAAGAAAGAAUGACUCUAUGCAACAUGGUUGUUGAAGCGGGUGGAAAGAAUGGUGUUAUCCCAGCAGACAGUACAACCUAUGAGUAUCUUGAGGGAAAGACUUCUGUCCCAUAUGAACCUGUUUACAGUGAUGGACGAGCCAGGUUUCUUUCAGAGUACAGAUUUGAUGUAUCAAAGUUGGAACCCUUAGUGGCAAAGCCUCAUUCCCCUGAUAAUCGCGCAUUAGCAAGAGAAUGCAAAGAUGUCAAAAUUGACAGAGUUUAUAUCGGAUCUUGUACUGGUGGGAAAACUGAGGACUUCAUGGCUGCUGCCAAAGUUUUUCUAGCUGCGGGGAAAAAGGUAAAAGUUCCUACGUUUCUUGUUCCUGCCACUCAAAAGGUCUGGAUGGACGUAUAUAGCCUCCCAGUUCCAGGAUCGGGUGGGAAAACUUGUUCGCAGAUUUUUGAGGAAGCAGGUUGUGAUACCCCGGCAAGUCCUAGUUGUGGGGCUUGUUUGGGGGGCCCUCGGGACACUUAUGCACGCAUGAAUGAGCCUCAGGUAUGUGUUUCAACAACAAACCGAAACUUUCCGGGUCGAAUGGGACACAAGGAAGGCCAGAUUUAUCUCGCAUCUCCAUUUACAGCAGCAGCAUCUGCACUGACAGGUUUUGUCACCGAUCCCAGAGAAUUUUUACAGUAAGACGAGCCUGGUCCGACCCGACCCUUGAUAAAAACUGCCAUGGAUCAUCAUCCUAUUCGAAUAAAAACUUUUGAUGCAUUGAGAGGUGUUUGCAAUCUGAUGUGAUAUAUUAAAAAUGUGUUAUAGAAUUCUCUAGCUAGGUUUAGUUUAGAAAAUAUCACAACUUUGAUAUUUUCCCACUACUAUGUAUGAAUGUAUGAUUAUAAGUGUCAAGACAUUGACCACACUGGGGAACAUUGAUAAGUUUUUUAAAGGAGAAAAAUGAUCUUGGUUUAUCUUCUGCAAAG